AUGCGGCCAUUCAUAUACUCCGUGAAGCCUGGGAGUAUGGCUCAUAGAUGCGACAGCUUGGUGGUUGGCGACGUCUUGCUAGAAGUUAACGGCAUUUCCGUGAGCAACCUCAAACAUGAUGACAUCUUGACACUGUUGAAGAACUCUGGCGAAACUGUGACGCUGCUUGUCGAGUACAGCAUCGAUACCCUGAGUAAAACCCGAUGCUUUUGUCGGAAUCAUGUCACAAGAGCCAAAGGGAUUUAUUUUUCAGAUGUGUCAUCUCCUGAAAAGUACGUUAACAAAUGUAUCGAAGUAGCAUUGCAGAAAGAGGACGGCAAAACGGGCAUUACCUUUCGAGGUGGUUCCUAUGGACCGGACGCCAAGAAAUGUCGUCCAAUUAUGGUAGUUAAAGUCCGCACUGGCAGUCCUGCUGACAGAGACGGCCGGAUUCGUGUGCGAGACAGAAUACUCGCUGUCAAUGACUUCAGUGUAGAAAAUGCUUCCCACGGCACAGUGGUAGAUCUCCUGAAUGACUGCACGAGUACGGUGACGUUAACUGUGCAAUACAGCGUCGCUAUUCAUGAUCAGAUACGCAAUGCUCAUGGACCAGUCGUAUUCGAAAUGGAUCACUUACCGGGAAGCGACGUAGGGCUUCGCCUUGAAAUGGUGGAAUACACCGCAGGCAAAAGAUCAAUACGGAUUAACAAUGUUGCCCCCGGCAGUACCGCCGACAGGUGUGGUGCUUUACAAGUGGGCGACGAACUGCUCUCAGUGAAUGGAAUAUCGUUGAGACACACCAUGCUCCCGGAAGUUUACGAGAUUCUGCGGGGUCGAAAUCGGACGAAGCUGCGGUUGGAGAUUAUUCCGCUUGGUUGCCUUCGUAGUCCA